UCCGUCAUAACAUCGUAGGCCACGGGACACAGACGUAUGUUCGUGCAGUUGCUAUUGCCCAGGAGGUGGACGCCAGUAUCAGGAGGGAGGCCGUCCGUGAUCAGUCUCAGCCAUCCGCCCCAGCUCAGUCAUCUUCAGCUCCACUGUUGCCACCAGCCCUACCAGCUACUCAGCCACCAAAGAAUAGCAACAAGAGGAAGGGAAAGGGCGCACAGACUGACAGAAGGACUCGCAGGAGGCAGCAGCAGAUUCCCCAGUGCUUGACAUGUGGACGACUUCAUCGAGGCGAGUGUCGCUUUGGUCAGGAUGUGUGCUAUUACUGCCACGAGCCCGGACACUUUGCUAACCGAUGUCCGAGGAAGGCACAGCAGCCUCAGCAGCCUCAGCAGCGACCGCAGCAGCAGCAGCCCCGUCACCAGGCUCAGAGGCAGCCUCAGCAGCAGCAGCAGAGGGGCAGACAGCAGGCCCGAGUGUACGCAGUCGAUCAAGCAGAGGCUGAGCAGCAGCCAGGUACUAUGUCAGGGAUGGUUUUUCUUAAUAAUAUUCCUGUGUUUGCUUUGUUCGAUACUGGAGCGACACAUUUCUUCAUUUCACAACGAUGUCUUGAUGCCAUCGGAGUUCAUGUCAUUACUGCUGUCGAUCCUCUCGAGGUGAGUUUAGCCUCGGGACGAAAGAUUGUGACCUCAGCUAAAGCUUCAGAUCUUAGCCUUUCCAUCGGUGGCCGAGUAUUGCCUACCGACGCUUUUGUUCUCGAGAUGAGGGAUUUUGACCUCAUUCUCGGAAUGGAUUGGCUAUCUUUUUAUCAUGUAGAUAUCAGAUGUCAUGACCGGGAGAUUACUCUCUAUCUUCCGGGAGACGAUUCGAUCACUUUCUUUGGCUCCAGAAAUCGUUCAUUGCCUUAUGUUGUUUCGAUGGCGAAAGCCACUAAGUUGCUGCGACGAGGCAACUGCCAGGGUUAUCUGGUGAGCCUUGUCGAUGAUUCUCAGAAAGCACGCUCGCCUCAUGAUGUUCCAGUUGUUCGUGAGUUUGUGGACGUGUUCCCAGAUGAGCUUCCAGGAGGACCGCCUAACCGGCAGGUGGAGUUCUCUAUCGAUCUCAUUCCAGGA